GUGGAUAUGACGCCGACCACUUCAUCUCUCUACUUCUCUCUUCUCUUCUCGAGCCGUAGCUAGCUUAGCUGAAGGCUCAAGCCUCAAGCUUCCUGCCUCUGCCUGAAUUGGGAACUCCCUCCUCUCAUCUUCCUCCUCUCCUACCCACAAUCAGAAUUAUCCCGAGUCACCGGUGAGCCCUCGUCGUCGCCGGAACACCGACGACUGGGCGAGUGCCGCCGCCGGCCUUUAAUUUCUCCAGGUCUUUGCCGGCCGCCCUUCGGCAAUUGCACCCACCAGCCUGCAGGCUCCGGCCGGCCGCCUCUCCCGGCCGGAAUGCCGAUGACAUGAUCCUCGUGGCCGCUCCAGCUGCUCCUCGUGCAUCUGCCAUCGUGUUCCUGUUCCAAGUACACCGCUGGGGCUAGGGAGCAUAUGGUCCCCGUUGCAUGACCUUGGAUCAUGAGCUGUUCCGCGGCCGUCUCCAACGGCAUUGCGCCGCGCUUCCUCAUCUGCGCGCGCGGGGUGCUCGCUCUCGGUUCCCACAGCCACAGGAGUAGUAGUAGGAGGGCGAGGCGCAGGCACGCAGUGGUCUUCGCGAGGACGAGGCGGCAGCGACGGCGGCGGCCCAGCGAGUGGCAGCGGCCGUGGUGGAGGACCUUCUUUGCUGACUGGAACGAGGACGAGGAGAGCCUGGCCGGGCUCAGGGAGGACGACGAGCUGCUGGAGGCGAUUGGGGCCAACCCGGAGCUGUCGGAGAACGAAAAGUUCCAGGAGUGGAGGAGGAAGGCCGAGGCCAUUGUUGAGCUGCGCGAGGCCCAGCAGGAUGCCAUGAACGCCGAGGCGCGGUCGUGGGAGGAUUGGACCAGUGGUGCCGUCUCCGGCGCCGGCGGCGCGUCGGGGAAUGGAGGUGGAGGUGGGGACUGGGGCGGGGAGGAGAGCUUGUUGGACGAGAUAACUGAUGAUCCUGCGGAGAUCGUGUGGGAUAAGGGCGUUAUUGAGGCUUUCAGAGAUACCGUUGAUGAGGAUUAUGAGGACAUGCUCUUCGAAGAUCGAGUCUUUAUGUAUGCCUCCACAAACUCGGCCAAGUUUCUAGCAUUGUUGAUUGUGGUUCCGUGGGUGAUAGAUUUUGCAGUCCAUCACUAUGUUAUGAUGCCCUUCUUAGACAGGUAUGUCGAGAAGGUGCCACUUGCAGCUGAAUUACUUGAUGUAAGGCGCAGCCAGAAGCUGCACAUGGUUAAAGACCUAAACAUGGAAAAAGCAAGAUACCGUCUUGAAGUAGAGAUUGGCAAAUCUCCUCCACUUUCUGAUGAGGAGGUCUGGUUUGAGCUGCGGGAAAAAGCGAUAGAGUUGAGGGAUGAUUGGAGGCUAGAAAAUCGAGAAGCUUUUGCAAAUAUAUGGUCCGAUAUGGUUUAUGGGAUUGUUCUAUUCCUUCUUCUCUGCUUCAACCAGAGCAAAGUUGCGAUGCUGAAGUUCACAGGAUAUAAGUUGCUAAAUAACAUUUCAGACACUGGGAAGGCCUUUCUUAUUAUUCUAAUAUCAGACAUCCUUCUAGGGUACCAUUCAGAGUCAGGUUGGCAUACAAUGGUAGAAGUUGUUCUCGAGCAUUACGGGCUUGAAUCUGAUGAAGCGGCGGUCACAUUUUUUGUUUGUCUGGUUCCAGUUGCUUUGGAUGUGUACAUAAAGUUUUGGGUAUACAAAUACCUUCCAAGAUUAUCACCCAGUGUGGGCAACGUUCUGGAUGAAAUAAAGCGCCAUUAGAGAAAAAUUUUUAGUUUCCUUAAUUGGGAAAUCGCUUGGAAAAUCGUGGCCUUCCAGGUAGUCAAUGGGUAUAUUGGCUUGGCAUACUAAGUUUUCAAAUCUGAAGGAUGUCUUUGUAUGAAAGACCUGCCUGGCCAUCAAUCAGAGUGUCCGGCUGGGUGUUCGGGAAGACUGGGAAUCGGAGAAGUAACCUGAGCUAGUCCUUAUAUUCUAAAACAAUGUCUUUGUGAAAGACUAUGUUAGCCGGUUAGCAAUAUUCUCCGGUGAACACAAUAGAUACCCUACACGAAACUUGAGGCUUUUGGUCUGUCAUAUAUCAUUGACACGCAUUUUUGCCUGAGAAAUUCUUUUGCAUGCUGGAGGUCUAGGGAGGUUGAAAUCUGUCAGGUUAUCGUUUCAGGAUGUCCAGAGCUGGAAACUUGAUAUUUUAGAACUGAAACGUAUGGGCAUCUUGAAGGCAUCAGACAAGGAGGCAUAAUGAGUUGCAGGGUUCAGGAACCGAAAUAUAUAUAUGCAAGUUUUAAGCUUCAUUGA